CAUUAGACUAUAUAGAGACUGGAAUUAACACUUCUUUUAUUGAUUCCAAAAGUUUUGGACUACGAGUUAAAGGAGAAGGAGAUGGAUUUCUGCAAAAGUUUUAGUUUAUAUGAAAAAAUCAUACAUGAAUCGAAACUGUAUAGAGCUUAUGCAUGCAUUCACUUGGUGUUUUUGUUGGUUUUUCUAGGCUAUAGAUUAGUGCACUCUAGUGUUGAAUUCAAUGGACUUUGGAUGAUAGCUUUUCUCUGUGAGCUCUGUUUUUCAUUCCAUUGGAUUCUUGAUCAGAAUGUGAAAUGGCAGCCUAUUGACUAUAAAGCCUACCCCGACAGACUUAAAAACAGAUAUGGUGGAGAAUCUGCUUCCAAGCUUCCUUCUGUCGACAUUAUUAUCACUACAACAGACCCUUUCAAGGAGCCUGCUAUAAUGACUGCCAAUACUGUUCUUUCAGUGCUUGCCGUUGAUUACCCAGUAGAAAGAAUUGCAUGUUAUGUCUCAGAUGAUGGUUCCUCUCCCAUCACUUUUUACUCUCUGGUAGAAACUCUAAGCUUUGCCAAAAAAUGGGUGCCAUUUUGCAAAAAGUUCAAUAUAGAGACAACGGCUCCAUUUAUGUAUUUCUCAAUACAAAACAAGCCUUCUGAUCCAAAGUUUCUCAGAGAAUGGCAGGAUAUGAAGGGUGAAUAUGAAAGUCUGGAGGGAAAUAUUACUAAGGCAUUAGAGACAGGACUAGCUCCAUUAGAUUCAGUUUCUCAGCAUAGUAUCAAAGGUUUUGUGUACAGAAACUCAGACAUAAGAAACCACUCAAGUGUGGUACAGGUUAUUCAUGAAGGAAAUGAAGGUGAUGUUCUUCCCCACCUCAUAUAUGUUGCAAGAGAAAAACGUCCCAAUGUUGAUCAUCAUUACAAAGCUGGCGCCAUGAACGUAAUGGCAAGGGUAUCUGGAAUAAUGACAAAUGCUCCUUAUAUUCUUAAUUUGGACUGUGAUAUGCAUGUGAGCAAUCCAAAAGCCAUACAGGAAGCUAUGUGUUUCUUCCUGGACUGCCCAUCUGAAAGAGAAUGUGGCUUUGUACAAUUUCCACAAUUAUUUUAUGGAGGCCUCAAAGAUGACCCCUUUGGAAAUCGGCAUAAAGUAUUUUUAAAAGCAACAGCCAAAGGAAUGAACGGAAUUCAAGGUCCCAUGUAUUUUGGAACAUGCUGCUUCCACAGAAGAAAGGGAUUGUAUGGAGUACCACCUGCAACAAACAAAGAAGAUAGACAAGGGAAAGACACUCGUCAUUUUUCAUCCUCUAGUUCCAUUAAGGCUUUCAAAAGUAUAUUUGGAGAAUCUUCUGCCCUCGUGGCAUCUGCACAGACUAUUAUGGAAGACACUGCAUUCCACAAGCAUUCUUCACCCUCAUUCCUUGUAGAGGAGGCCUUCAAGGUUGCUAGUUGCAGCUAUGAAGCCAAAACUGCAUGGGGCAAAGAGGUGGGAUGGAUGUAUGGAGCUACAGCUGAGGAUGUUCUUACAGGGCUGAAAGUCCAAAGUUUAGGAUGGCAUUCCAUAUAUUACACACCUGAGCAGUCAGCUUUCAUAGGAUGUGCACCAGGAAAUGGUCUAGACACUCUUAUACAACAAAAAAGAUGGGGCACAGGAUUGCUAGAGGUUUUUGUAAGCAAAUCAUGCCCUUUUCUGGGUAUGAACAAACCCAUGUCACUACGCCAAAGGAUGCUUUAUGCCUAUUUCACUUUAUGGGCAACAUGGUCUGUGCCAACCUUAUGUUAUGCAAUCUUGCCUGCCUUCAGUCUGUUAAGUGGCAAAUCGUUCUUGCCCAAGAUUCAGGAACCUUUUGUUUUCUCAAUUGCAGUGGGUCUUUUCCUCUCAGUAUAUGGGAGGAGGCUUUUGGAAUAUGUUUUGAAUGGUUGUUCUGCAAGAGAAUGGUGGAAUAACCAAAGGAUGUGGUUGAUAGUGUGCAUCUCCUCAUGGGUGUUUGCAUUGUUUGAUGUUGCAAUGAAGAUGGUGGGACUGUCUGAAACAGUUUUUGUUGUAACUCCAAAAGGGUCUGGAGAGGAAGAGCAGAGUAAGGAAGGUGAAUUCACAUUUAAUUCAUCUGCUUUGUUCAUUCCACCAACUACUGUCUUGUUGAUAAACUUAGCAGCCAUUUGUGAGAGCACUCUAAGGUUUGCGGUUGGUGGGUAUGAGAUUAAGAACAAGCCAUUUGCAGAGUAUUUUUGCAGUGUUUGGGUAGUGAUUAAUCUGCUUCCAUUCUUAAAAGGACUGGUUAGAAAGGGAAAGGGUGGUCUUCCUUGGAGUGUAAUUAUAAGAUCGUGUGCUUUGGCUAUGCUUCUCUGGACUACAAUUGUGACAUAUGGGUGUUAAAAUGAUCCAUGUAUUGACAUUGGGUUUACUUGAUUCAGUCUUUCAAUAGAUAAAUGUUUUUCUUAAUUAAA